UCUCUGUAGGCCUAAGUAAAACGGCCUCUUCAACAGAGCGAGCCUGGUACAUGUUACCUGUCUACGGACCAGAAGAAACGGUGUUUGUAAUACCUGCUUUAAUCCAAAGAUGGGAGCAAAGGUUCUUCAGAAAACAUUUAUAGUCAUCGGAUUUUUCUUUUGGCUACCUGAAUUCAGUGCUGGUGAAAAUUGCGGAAACAGUAGGUUUUGUCCAAACCUACACCAUUGCUGCAGGGACCUCACCACUUGUUGUCCAAACGGCUACGUCUGUGCUGGUGCACUCUGCAUCAGCAUUGUAGCUAUUGCCAUUCCUUGCGUCGUCAUCGUCCUGAACAUCAUCAUUGCAAUUGUUGUUAUUCUCGUCAAAAGAAUUAUUUUACACAGAGCGGUCGUAACCACACCGAUCCAGCACCCAGCGUCCAUUAUCCCACCCCCGGACCAGAAUAAAGGGCAGUCUGUCUGCUAAGAUCCAGAGGGGAAACCCUCCACCUAUUUACCGCCAUAGACAUUCGUAUAUGAUUAUCUUCACUGAGGAAAGCAAAUAACUUAUGUUCAUUUCAACAUGAGUUAUAUACAUGUUUAUAACUUUAAAUUGCUGUUUAUGUUUUUAGUUUGUUAAUUUAAUCAUUAUAUAUUAUACAAUCACCAAUAAAGUGUGUAAUAAACCCUU